GAGUUCUUGUGCUGGCCACACGACAAGUGCUGCUUCGAUACCGAGCCGGCAGAUGAUAACGGAAUGGUCAAAGUGUGGCAGAGCGCUCGCGCAGGAUGGAAGGUAUGGCCCUGGAUGUGGGCAACGGCGAAGACUGCGAAUGCUUGUUGGCGCGUCAAAAAGUGCACGGGACUCACGGAGUCGUGAAAAGUUGCUUCCCAUUGCUCCGAAAGCAAACAGGAGUUUCUUUGAAAACUCAGAGCCCGAGUCCAACGAGCGGGUUGUGGUUGUGCGGGAGACGAAAGUAAAGCUGAGCCUCUCUGGAUCAAGGCGAAGUGUUCUUGCCCAACCCGAGACACAGGGCUGUCCCACCUGCGGCUACCGUCUCACGGUAUCAUGGAGCUGCCCCCACUGCAGAGGGCGUGAUGGCGGUGCCGCAGAGGUAAGGAAGCACAGCAGCGAAGAGGAGCGUGCCAGUCCAACGAGAGCUCCAGGACCUGGCCUGCUGUCAAGCUCACACCACUUCGAUUCCUCAGACCAAGGUUCCGACGGCCUGGGAGUGCUGAGCCCCAGCGGUUCCUUUGCGCCUCCGGGGUCUGGCUCAGGCACAAAGGGCAGCCCGGUGAAGGAAGACAGCAGCCGGGCCUGCGCUGCUUGUGGUGCAUCCACAGCUCCAGAUGCUGAUAGCUGCCGAAGGUGCGGACACAAACGGCCCGCAGGAACUGUUUCAGUUGCCAGAGCCUCCAUGAUCACCACAGAGGAUGUUCGGGCUGAUGUCUUCGGCAAGCUGCAGGAACAUGGCGAGCUACAUUGCGACGAGCUUCCACGUGGGCUCGAACUCUGUGGCUUUGUGGGGAUCAAAAAGGAAUGGGUCCAGUCCGUUCGAGACUCGGUGACCAAGUACUCCACCCUGGAGCUUGAAGAGUUUCUGGAGUUCGUUCGAGGCUAUGAGGCACUGCAGGAAAAGGCCUACAAGGAGGCUUUUGAGGAGGCGGACCUCGAUCGCUCUGGCACUGUAGAGUCUGCAGAGCUGGCAGAG